CUGGACGGAACGGCCACGCCUUCUUUUACAGCGGCCUUUUGUUGACAUUCGGAGGCGACUGCCGAGUUUCCCGGCCGAAAAAUGGUGUCACGUCUAUUUUCGUGGGGAGUGAGAGGUGGCCUGGCCGGAGGCGCCGUUUACUACAGCAUCCAGGAGGGUCUCUGGAGCGAUGCGAAAACGACCAUAGCCCUUUACGAGAGGACCUGUGAAAAAACCAAGGCCCUUGUCAAGGAUGUCCCCAUCGAGAUCCCAAAAAUUGAUGUUCCAAAGCCUACUGAAAUCGGCGCUUUCUGUCGCGUCAACUGGAAUAAGGCCGUGUACGCUGCCUUUGACGGAAUUGUAGCUGCCCCUAAGAAAAUCCGCCAGUGGACUUCGAGUGGCUACGACAGUUUGGUAAAAUUGAUCAACGAACCACCAAAGCCAGUUCAAGAGUGAGCAAAUCGUUAGUGGUUGUAACUGUAUAAUAUGUUUGAAUCAACUGUUGUUAUUGCAUUUAAAAUACUGCAAUAAUAAAAGAGUUAUGAUUUAAGAUAGAAACAGA